AUGGACCCCCUGACAGUUCGGGAGAAAUGCACAGCAAAUAAGAUGGAAGAGAACUGUAAAGCCAAUAGAGCCCGCACGAGACUCCGGAUGCAUAGUAAUGGAGAGAAUGUGAGUGAUCCAGAGAUGGAGAAGCGAAGAAAGUCGAUUGUUUUACUCUUUGGCAUCUCGGGAAGCUUCAUCCUUUUGUAUUUGUUGUACUUUGUCACAAUCAUUUAUGUGCGAAUUGCGAAUAUUCCGUUUUCCUCUGUUUCUGAUGCCACUGUGUCCAAUCCACACUUGGAUGUGAUUGCAGACAACAGAAAGAAAUUGGUAGCAAAGAUGAUAGGGCCAUCCUGUGAUCCUCACUGCAUCAGGGUGGUGAUCGAAAAUCAAAGUCUUCCCAGGAAAAACAUCCCGAAACUGCAGGACCUACAAAGCUAUAUUGGGAUUUGUGGUCUGAAGAAGGCCCAGGCUACAGCAGGAGAAACAGGCCCAGAAAUUGGAGAGGCCCGGCCUGCAGCACUAGAACCAGGCCCAGAAAUUGGAGAGGCCCAGGCUGCAGCACUAGAACCAGGCCCAGACAUUGGAGAGGCCCAGGCUGCAGCACUAGAACCAGGCCCAGACAUUGGAGAGGCUCAGGCUGCAGCACUAGAACCAGGCCCAGAAAUUGGAGAGGCCCAGGCUGCAGCACUAGAACCAGGCCCAGAAAUUGGAGAGGCCCAGGCUGCAGCAAUAGAACCAGGCCCAGAAAUUGGAGAGGCCCAGGCUGCAGCACUACUACGUCCUACAUUUUCUGUGAUAACCAGGGAAAAGGGGAGGCAUAAUUUGCAUGAGCAUGAUACCCAGGAACAACAACAGAAUGUAGAAGGGAACAGAAGGAAGGUGGAUGAAGGGGGGUCUCCUGGUGGACGCGAUGUGUUGAAGUGGGCGUGGUUAUUCGUGGAUGGACACGUCACCGUCGCAUGUGACGUUCGCCGCGAGGGCGGAAGUGUGGCCUGCGGGUGUCAGCGCGCCGCUGGGCCGACGUCAGCCGCGGCUGUCCAGCGGGUGACGUCACGUGAGGGGCGGAAGUGGCUGCGGCAGCGGCAACUGCGCGGGGCGGAAGUGGCCAUCAGAGACCUGGAAGCUGCCAACUGGGCAAUUGGAUGGGAUGCCUAUGCAUCACUUCAGAUACAGGCGAGGAUAGUCAUUCCAUCAGGACCAAAAGGUCCUCAUAUUUGGAUCAUGGAAGCUAAAAUAAUCAUUCACACUGAGAAACCGUGGAAGUGUGGGGACUGUGAAAAGACAUUCAAAUGCCCAUCCCACCUCGAAAGGCAUCGACGCAGUCACACUGGGGAGAGGCCGUUCAGCUGCCCCCAGUGUGGAAGGGGAUUCACUCGCUUAACCAAUAUGCUGUCACACCAGCGGGUUCACACCGGGGAGAGACCGUUUAAAUGUCCAGACUGUGGGACAUGCUGUAAAAGUUCCAGGGACCUAGCGUCCCACCAACGUGUUCACACUGAUGAGAGACCGUACAGAUGCUCUCACUGUGGGUCCAGGUUCAAGCGAUCAUCUAACCUCAGCGUACACCAGCGCAUACACACUGGGGAGAGACCAUUCACUUGCAGUGAGUGUGGGAAGGGAUUCUCUCACUCAUGUCACUUGAUGACACACCAGCAAGUUCACUCCGACCGGAGACCUUUUAACUGUACAGACUGUGGAAAAUGCUUUAAAAGUUCAAGAGAACUGAUGUCCCAUCAACGUGUUCACACAGACGAGAGACCGUUCCGAUGCUGUCACUGUGGGGCUGGGUUCCUACGGAUGCCUGACCUCACUGUCCACCAACGUUGUCACACUGGGGAGAAGCCAUUCAACUGUUCAGAGUGUGGAAAGAAAUUUAACAGGUCUUCCUACUUGCUGUCACACCAGCGGGUUCACUCUGAGGAGAGACCUUUCAAAUGCCCGGACUGUGGGAAGGGUUGUAAAAGCUCUCGACAGCUGGUGAUCCAUCGACGUGUUCACACGGACAACAGACCGUUUCGGUGCUCUCACUGCGGGACUGGCUUCAGACGAUCUUCUGAACUGAUUGUACACCAGCGAGUCCACAGCGGGGAGAGACCAUUUACCUGCUGCAAAUGUGGGAAGGGGUUCACUCAGUCAUCCCACCUACUGAGACACCAGCGCAUUCACAAGUAAUCGCAGUGAUUCGAUUUUGCUGUUAAUCACAUUUGGGAAUGGACCUGUUUCAUUUGAGUCUGUUUCCACUAAUAGUUUAAAAAAAAAACUACACUUCAGUUAUAGUAUUCUGGAUAAACAUCAAAUAAAUCAGCUUUGUAUUUAAUACAAAAUGUACAAAGUUUUUUUUUA